AUGGAGGCAGAGGCGGUUUGUCUGAAGACGGAGCCUGGAGAGGUGUGUGUGAAGACGGAGCCCGGAGAGGUGUGUGUGAAGACGGAGCCCGGAGAGGAGUGUUUGAAGACGGAGCCCGGAGAGGCGUGUGCGGAGGAGGAGCGGGAGCGCGAGGACAGCGCGCGGGGAGUGAGCGCGGCGGCCGUGCGGGCCGGGCUGUACACCGGGCACGAGGUCAAGGACGAGCUCGUGCUGGGCCCCGAGGAGUGGCACCGCCCACAAGUGCUCCCACUACCAGUGUGUUCCGACGGCGGCCGCGCCCGGGAACAGCUCGCGAUGACCUGUUCCGUGGUGCUCGAGCGCCUCCGCGGCGACGCGACUGCUCACGGUAGAGACGAACCAUAUGGCUGCGAACACUGUGACAGACAUUUUAUAAAUACAUCCGCUUUAAAGAAACACAUGCAGAGUACACACUUAUCAUCAGGACUUAAGAAAUUUGCUUGUGAUGUUUGCAGUUCUAUGUUUCAAACCAAAUUCCUUGUAAUAGAGCACGUGAAAAGCGAACACGGUGUUAUAAAGUUCAUCUGCGCUGAAUGUGAGUACACAACGUGCUCUAAGAAAGGUUUAGAGACUCAUCUAAAGAGCCAUUACAAGAACGAACGGAGUGGAAUGACUCACCAAAUAAUUAAAGAGAAGCCGUACGCUUGCAAUCAGUGCGACUACAAGUCUCUUUACAGUUCCGAAUUACGAGAACACCAAAGGACACAUACUGAGAAGCUUUUCAUGUGUAGCUCCUGUGAUUACAAAUGCAGUGCAAAAUCACGCUUAAAUAGACAUCAGAUGGUACACACUGGAUAUAAACCCUACAAAUGUAGUCAAUGCAACUACAAGAGCGCAGAUAGUUCAGCCUUACGAAGUCAUGAAAGAACACAUACUGAUGAUAAGCCAUUUGAGUGUAACCACUGCGGUUACAAAUGCAAGGAUAAAUCACGUUUACGACAACACCAGAAGGUACACACUGGAGAAAAGCCUGAAACAAAAAGCAAAUGUAGUCAUUGCGACUACAAGUGCAGUAAUAUUUCACUAUUGCGAAGGCAUGAAGUCGUUCACACUCGCGAGAAGCGGUUUCAUUGUGACCAGUGUGAUUACAAAUGCAGUCUGAAGAACUACUUACGAGCACACAUGAUAAUUCACACUGAAGCGAAGCCAUUUAAAUGUAGCCAUUGUGACUACAGAAGCAAGCAUAAAGGCUACUUACUCGUCCACCAAAGACAACACGAAAAGAUGCGUAAUGGCGAGAAGCCUAUCGAGUGUAACCAGUGUGAUUACAAAUGCUAUGCGAGAUCAUACUUAAAAAGACAUCAGAGAAUACACACUGAGGAGAAACCAUUUAAAUGUAGUAAUUGCGACUACAGGUGCAGGCGGAAAGCACACUUACAACUUCACCAAAAAAUACACAACAAAGAGAAUCCGUACACUUGUAGUCAUUGCGACUACAAAUGCAGUCUAAGUUCAAGGUUGCGAGACCAUAUGAAGAUACAUACUGAUGAGAAGCCAUUUGAGUGUAACCACUGUGACUACAAAUGCCGUCGGAAAGCACACCUAAUACAACACCUGAUGACGCAUACUAAGGCGAAGCCAUUUAAAUGUAGCAAUUGCGAGUACAGAUGUGGGCUGAAAUAUAACUUGCAAAUUCACCAAAGGGUACACACUAAAGAGAAGCCAUACAGCUGUAGUCAUUGCGACUACAAGUGCAGUCAUAGUUCAGCUUUACGAGAGCAUGUGACUACACAUACUGGUGAGAAGCCAUUUGAGUGUAACCACUGUGGCUACAAAUGCAAUCGGAAAUCUGUGCUAAUAAAACACCUGAUAACGCAUACUGAGGCAAAGCCAUUUAAAUGUAGCUAUUGCGACUAUAGGUGCAAGCAGAAAGAUUACUUACGAGUUCACGAAAGAGUGCACACUAAAGAGAAGCCUUAUACUUGUAGUCAUUGUGAUUACAAAUGCAGUGACAGCUCAAGCAUAUCACGUCACCGGAAGAGGUGUAAAGUCAGAAAGGCGAAGCCUAACCAGUAGCGAGAGCGAGUACUAGUGCGGCCUGGAGCCCGCGGAGGCGCCGGGCGCUCGCGGAGGAGAAGCUUCGUCAAACAAGUUCUCCUCUGAGGUUUCCUGCGCUUAGAUCUAAAUUUGAUAACUCAAUGAGUAGUGGGCAACGUAUCAAGUUAGGCCACCGCUGAAAUUAGCGCUAUACCUUGCCGCUUGCUUGAGCUAGUACGCCUAG